CGGAAACUGGGUCAACGCGAGUGUGUCCCGGCCGAUACGAGUCAACCCGAGACUAGAGACUCGAGAUCGCCGAGCUUGAGUCGCUGCUCGCAGUCCCGUGGAAAACACCCCCAAAGCCCGUCCGUCGUCACCCACGCAGUAUUUGGCUCUCGCUCCACUCGCUUACUACCUUUUAAACGUUCAUUAUUUUUAACUCACGUUCGCUAAGGACUUCCAUCGUCGUUAACGACUACAACUUCGUUUUUGGGAGCCAAAGCAGGGGCACUACGACAGAGACAUGGACAAUGUGCAAAUGAUCGGCACUAAAAUUACUGCCAUCAAGGAUUACUUAUAUAACUUCGCGCGAACGCAUUCACCAACUAGACUAAUGGGUUCCGAGAACGCAUACGCGCUGAGCAAGGAGUCAGCGAAUCUGAAGUACUCCGACAUAAUUCCUAUCAAUGCUGAAGGAUAUCCAGCCACGAAGGAAUUCCUCUCGAAGGUCGUCGACAUUCUGCUAGACUACGUGAAGACGCAAAAUGAUCGCAAUUCGAAGGUCCUGGAAUUCCAUCAUCCAGCUGACCUGAUGCGAAUUCUGGACCUCGAGAUACCAGACAACGGGCUUACGCUCCAGCAGCUUUUGAUUGAUUGCUCGACUACUCUCAAGUACCAGGUCAAAACCGGACACCCGCAUUUCUUCAACCAAUUGUCAUGCGGCUUGGACGUGGUGUCGAUGGCGGGCGAGUGGCUCACGGCGACUGCAAACACCAACAUGUUUACCUACGAGAUCGCUCCGGUGUUCAUUCUGAUGGAGCAUGUGGUCCUGCAGAAAAUGCGCGAGCUAAUCGGGUGGAAUACCGGGGAUUCUAUUCUCGCUCCCGGAGGGUCAAUUAGUAAUUUGUACGCAUUUUUGGCUGCUAGACACAAAAUGUUCCCCCAGUACAAGGAACGCGGACUGGCUGCUGUUGGCGGUCAGCUUGUUAUGUUCACUUCCGAUCAGUGCCACUACUCAGUAAAAUCAUGCGCGUCGGUAUGCGGUUUGGGGACUGACAACUGCGUGAUGGUGCCCAGCGACGAGCGUGGUCGCAUAAUACCAUCAAAGCUGGAAGAAUUAAUCCUGGAACGCAAAGCACGAGGUCACAUUCCGUUUUUUGUGAAUGCCACUGCUGGUACAACCGUGAUCGGGGCGUUCGACCCCAUUGCUCAGAUUGCUGAUAUUUGUGAAAAAUACAAGCUAUGGCUCCAUGUUGACGCUGCUUGGGGAGGUGGUCUUUUACUUUCACGGAAAUAUCGUCAUCCACGACUUACUGGAAUUGAACGCGCUGACUCAGUAACCUGGAACCCCCAUAAAUUAAUGGGUGCACUAUUGCAAUGUUCAACAAUCCAUUUCAAGGAAGAAGGCCUUUUGAUCAGCUGUAACCAGAUGUCCGCCGAGUACUUGUUCAUGACAGACAAGCUCUACGAUGUCAGGUACGACACCGGUGACAAGGUUAUCCAAUGCGGUCGUCACAACGAUAUUUUCAAGCUGUGGCUUCAAUGGCGCGCCAAGGGAACCGAAGGAUUUGAGAAACUGAUGGACAGACUGAUGGAACUUAGCGAGUACAUGGUCAAACGCAUCAAGCAGAUGUCUGACAGGUUCUACCUGAUCUUAGAACCCGAGCUAGUUAACGUUUGCUUUUGGUACUUGCCAACCCGGGUACGGAAUAUGCCUCAUGGCCCAGAACGGGAGAGAAUUUUGGGCGAGAUCUGUCCAAUCCUAAAAGGCAGGAUGAUGGAAUCCGGCACUCUGAUGGUCGGGUACCAGCCAGACGACCGCAGGCCCAAUUUCUUCCGCAACAUAAUCUCCAGCGCUGCUGUAACGGAAGCUGACAUCGACUUCCUGCUAGCCGAGAUGGACCGUCUUGGCCAGGAUCUUUAAAUUACAAAUUUUAAUUUUAAUUUAAAUUAAUUACCAAUAUUAUUUAUUGUUAUCUUUAUCUUUAACACUGGCCGGUUAAAAAAUUGAGACUUUAUUUUGAAGACAAACCCUACGAACAACCAUGAAUAUUGAAUCAAGACAUAUGCCCAAGUGUACCGAGCAUUAAUUAUCAAUUACCUCUGUACACUUGCCUUUUAAUAACUAAAUUAUUAUAACGCAUAAGUGUUAACUGUUGAAUUAUCAGACAUCUAAUUUAUUGAUGUUGGUCUUUACGAAAGUGGACACGAUUAGUCUUAAGCGACUCAUAUCAGCAUACAAUUAUUAUUAAUUAUAAAUUUCAAAGUAUAUCAAGUAUAACGCAAAGUAUUUUAUUAUUUAAAUAAAUAUUUAAGGAGGAAUUGUUUAUGGAUUGAAAUAAUGCACGGAAUUGCACGCGAGCUGGCUCGGCAGAA